GAUCUUUUUUUAUUAUUUUUUUUAGUGAACAUAGCAUAACAUGGGCCAAACACUACUUGAAACACUAACAGCAAAACAGUUGGUUUUAUUUACACUUUUUGUUCUGGUGGCUACUUCAGCUUUUUUUGUAAUUGGUGGAACAAAAGGUGCUGAUCCUGCUUCUGCUAAUAUUCACAUAGCCAAUUUAUUCACACCAGAUGAUUACAACCAAGAGAAAUGGGUUUGGUAUAAAGUUGAUGAUCCUGUUGCAAAUGAAAAACAGAAAUAUUACAAUGGAAAGAUUGUUGAUUUGUUCAAACAUAGAAAAAAUAUCAGUGCAGAACAUCUAGUUUUAUCGUCCAAGUUUCCUCAUCCCGGAUCCAACACUAUGCAUCGGGUAUAUCAAUUUAUGCUUGUUUUUAUGACUAUACAAGUGGAUUUCAUGAUGGAAAAUGUUGUAACUGGAAAUGUUGCAGUUAAAACCACUCAAGAAUGUAUGAUAGAGUUUAACGCAAAAUUAGGGUAUAGCGAUUAUGAUGGAGAUGCUGUUAAUCCACCGAGUUGGACACUUCUUACAUCUGUGAAAAAUCAAAAGCGCCCACUCAAGUGUAAAUUUAAUAUGCUGCAAAAACGUGAUGACAAUGUUACUACUGAUGGGUAUUACACAUGUGAAGACCAAUAUCUUUUUGAACUUGGCAGUGUUGCACACAAACACUAUAUUUUGAAUAUGCAGUUUCCUGCCACCGAUACUAAUAAGUUUUGUUUGGCCAGUGAGACAAGCUAUUUUGGUGGCUUGCAUCUAACGGAAAUACAUCAAAAUGGUGGAUACACAAUUUCUUUAUUUGUGUCAAAGACGGUGAUGUUUCCAUUUAUUGCAGCCGCACUGUUUUUCUUCUUACGCAGGAUUCGAAGAGAGAAUCGAGAAAAGUCACUUCUAGAAAAAUCAAUUUUUUGGCUUGGAAGUGCAAUGUUGAUUCUACUAUUUCCUAUUGAUUGGCUCACACUUGUCGCUGACAUGCCGUAUAUGUUGUUGUUUUCUGAUCUUCGACAAGGAUUGUUUUAUACAGCUUUGUUAGUGUUUUGGUGCAUCUUUUCUGGCGAACACAUCUUGGAUCAGAACGAACGAAACAAAUUAGCUUCGUAUAAGUAUGAAAUUGGAAGCAUCUCUGUCGGCUGCUUGGCCUUGUUUAUUUUUGAUUGUGUUGAGAGAGGUGUCCAACUUUCAAAUCCAUUUCACACAAUUUGGAAGAAAGAUGCAGGAGAAAAAGCAGCUAAAGCGUUUCUUGGUCUUGCUGCAUUCGCCUCGAUUAUCUAUUGUUUAUUUUUCAUGCGUCUUCUGUAUUUUGUGUAUCGAAAUAUCCGAAUGAAGGAGGUAGCACUUCCAGCUAUGCAAGAAGACAGAAGACUGUACUACCAGAAUCGCAUAUACCGCUUCCGUGUGUUGUUGUGGGUGAGUCUGUUCACGGUCGUAGCAACUAUCGUUUGUUUUGUGUUGGAUCAAAUCAAUGAAACAACGUGGAAAUUUGAAGACAGCGCCAUGAAUGAUUAUGUUGUUUUCUCCAGUGCAAUGCAUUUUGGUAUGUUUGGUAUGUGGGGAACAUACGUGUUUUCUGUGUUGAUACUGUAUUCGCCUAGCUCAGAUGGUACAAGAAAUGCUGGACCUGAUGUGCAAUAUCGCCGUUCAGAACAUUUGUUGCAUGGCGGAGAUGGGUCAGGCGAUGAAGACGAGGUUAACUUUCGACACCCAAAGACUUAAAACUUGAAAACAGAGAUGUAGUUUCUCGUCGAUGUGUUACUUUAGGAUUAACUGAAAGACACAGAAUGCUAAGACAUAAAACUUUCAGUAUGUACACAUGGUGGAAGAUGUUGUAACGUAGUCUUAUCUUCCAAGGUAUAUUUUACAAAAAAUUUUAGGUUUGACUUUUCUUCAAAUUAUACAACAGCGUCUUAUUUAAGAGAGUUUCGUAUUGUCUUUGAUAUAUUUUGCUAAAUUUUUCUGUCUUGACCUAUUUACAUUUUUUUGCUAUUAUUCUCAAAACAUUUUUUCGCUAUUCUUUUGUACUAGCUACAUAUUUUUUUAUUCACGAUAUUUUGAUGUAUAUUUUUUUAUUUAUUUACAAUCAUUUAUUUUUAUAAUCGAUUUUUUUUUUGUUUUUUUUAAAAAAAACAUUACGUCAUAUUUGUGAGUUACCUUUUAAACCUUUUGUUUUUAAAGUAAAAAUUUCAGGACAAGUAUUAGUACUUGGGUGGCAGGAUAAACGACUUUGAUUAAUUUGUUAACUUGACUUUUUGAUAGUUUUGUAGUGGAGGUAGAAAGUAGAUUUGGAAUAAUCGCCACCAGCAAAGAAGCUCGAAAGUAGAGUCGUUUUGACUUUAAAUAAGAUGUUAUUUUAGAUACAUAUAGCUUUUUUUGUACACGUGCAUGAGUUUAAAUAUAUGAUGUGUAUUACAA